AUGCCGAAACUAUUUAAGGAAAAGAAAUCAUCAGGGGCAGUGUUCAGACAAAGACGAGCAGAAAAAGAGAAAGCUGGGAAGCGGAUGUCUGAAGCUUUAAAGGAGUACUUGACUUCUCACAAAAGGAGAAAGCAAGAUGCUACUGCAUCAGAACCAGUUUCCAAUGUUGCAAGCGAACCCGUACAAAUCGAUAUCGAUGAAUCUUCAACAUCAUCAUUCAAACAGCCCAUCUCAGUCCAAGAGGCUGUUAAUGUAGAUGAUGCAAAUACUGGAAAAAUACCAGAACAUGAUGAGCAACCUUCCACAUCAUCACACUCUGUCUACCUUGAGAAGACUAUUGACCCAGAAGAAUCAAAUGACGAAGAAGAAGAAAGAGAGGAACUGCAGCAGGAGGAACAAUCUACUUCUUUGGCAAUACUGGAUUUGUCGGAUCCAGCUAAUUGGCCAGCUGUUCUCACCACCUCACUAAGGGAUGCUCUUGUCAGGAGAGGGCCUGCAAAGCAAAAAACUAACUUAAUUUUCCCCAAAGAUGCAGCGAAUAGACGUUUCACUAAAGCAAAUUACAAGCGACGGCUGCCAAACGGAGAAGAAACCGUUAGAAAUUGGCUGGUUUAUUCUGUCAAAUUGAACAAAGUAUUUUGUUUUUGUUGUAAGCUAUUUGCAACUAAAGUCACUACAAGUUUGACACGUGGAGGUUAUAAUGACUGGAAAAACUUAUCUCAAAAUCUUUCCAUUCAUGAAAAGUCUAACUCUCAUAUUGUCGCUAUAAGAGACUGGAAUGAACUCUCGAGAAGAUUUGGUUGUGGAAAAACGAUAGAUGCAGCUUCCCAGAGAUUGUUGGCAAAUGAAACACAACAUUGGCAAGAUGUUGUUAAGCGCCUUAUAGGCAUAGUAAAAUAUCUUGGUCGCCAGAGCUUGGCUUUCCGAGGUAGCAGAGAUACAUUAUACAGUGACAAUAAUGGGAAUUAUCUGCAACUUGUGGAAAUGCUGGCCACAUUUGACACCGUUAUGCAGGAACAUCUGAAGAGAAUAAAAAAUAAGGACAUUUUCCAACAUUAUUUGGGGAAAGACAUUCAAAACGAACUCAUCAGCCUUAUAGCGAAAGAAAUCACAAAACACAUUCUGCAGUUGUUGAAAAAUGCAAAGUAUUAUUCUAUAAUACUUGAUUGCACACCAGACAUUACAUUAAUUGAACAAAUGACUAUAAUUGUUCGAUUUGUGUCCAUCAAGGAAGGCGAGUCUCCAACUGCUGAACCAGAGAUCUGUAUAGAUGAAAAAUUUCUAGGUUUUAUCCAAAUCCAAAGUUCAACUGGAGAAGGUUUAACUGAGGCAAUUUUGUCUGAACUUGAAAAACUUAAGAUCCCAGUUGGUGAUAUGAGAGGACAAGGAUACGAUAAUGGAUCCAAUAUGAAGGGCAAACACCAAGGUGUUCAGAAAAGAAUCCUGGAUUUAAACUUGCGUGCCUUUUAUAUUCCCUACAGCGCUCAUACAUUAAAUCUAGUUGUGAAUGAUGCAGCCAUGUCAUGCAGGGAUGCUGCAACCUUCUUUUCUAUUGUACAGAAAAUCUAUUGUCUUUGUCAGGAUCCACAGUUCAGUGGAAUGUCUUGAAGAAGCACAUUGGCAGACUUACGCUUAAACCUUUGUCUGACACCAGAUGGUCUUCAAGAAUAGAUGCUAUUCGUCCAUUUAGGUUCCAGGUUGGAGAAAUUUUUGAUGCUCUCUCUGAAAUUUCGAGAGAGAACUCUCACACGGCAAUGGCACAGUCUGAUGCUGAAUCUCUUUCAAAAGAACUGAAUAACUUACAUUUUUUGUGUCUUAUUGUGUUGUGGUACAACAUCUUAAAUAGAAUAAACUUUGUUAGCAAACUUCUCCAAAGUAGAAGUAUGUAUCUCCCAGAUGUUAUAGAUAUUCUGGAAUCCACAACCAAUUAUUUGAAGAAUUAUCGUUCUGAUAAAGGGUUUGAAGAUUUACUGGAAGAGGCAAAAGACCUGUCAUUAGAAAUGGAAAUAGAUCCUGUGUUUCCUCCUUUUGUGCGACAAACUAAAAAAAAAAAGAUGUUUUGUUAUGAAGCACCGGAUGAUCCGAUUUGUGAUCCUGCAAAAUUUUUUAAAAUUGAGUGCUUUUACAGCAUUUUGGAUGUAUGUAUUAAUUCUCUUGAUGAGAGAUUUGGGCAAAUUAAGCACCACAGCAAGCACUUCCAGUUUCUUUAUAAUAUACAAAAACUUAAAGAUAUACCAAGGGAAGCAGUUAUGGAGUACUGUAUAGACUUGCAGAAUAUUUUGACUGAUGAUAAAUCAGGAGAUGCUGACCUGGAUGGAGCACACCUUUGUGAGGAACUUACAAUAUUGGCUCCUAUCUUGAGGCCUACAAUGACACUCAGUCAGAUUCUGGCGUAUGCACUUAAAAAUGGCUUUGCUCCCAAUGUGUCUAUUGCCCUUCGCAUAUUGUUGACAUUGCCGAUAUCUGUAGCCUCUGGGGAGCGAAGCUUUUUAAAUCUGAAGUUAAUAAAGAAUUAUCUUCGGUCCUCUAUGUCUCAAGAGAGAUUGGUAGGACUUGCAAUGAUUUCCAUUGAAAAUCAGAUUGCAAAAGAGAUUGACUUUAAAACUCUGCUUCAUGAUUUUGUAACUGCGAAAGUAAGAAGGGUUAAGUUUUUGUAG